AUGAUUCGUGUUCAACGCCUAUGGAGGAAGAGGAAUUCUUCCAGCCCUUCUACAACGGCACUUCGUUUGCCUGUUUCACAACGUGCUGUGUCUCUUACCAGUAGUUGCGGCUUCUGCCAUGGCGCAUUUCUUAUUGCCGUGCGAGGCGUGCAGUAUGAACAAACUUCUGCUACACUGCGUGGAAUUAACAAGAAGGACCGUGCAAUAUCGGCUCCAUGGAUUACAAAGAGCACAAAGGAUUACAUGAGUGAGACUGAUGCGCAGGCAACUGCUGUUAAUCCAACGAAGGAGAAGCUUUUGCGAAACUCAAAGGCACGAAAGGAUCGAUUUGUGCGUAUUGCAGAGGAGACAGAUCAUGUCUUUGACUCCGAGAUGGACCGGAUGCGGGACUAUAAUGUACGGCGCUGGCGAAAGGGUAUUACUUUUUUUAAGCGACAAGGGUUGGGAUUUACUUUGCUCUACAUUUCCGUCUAUCUGGGUUGUCUUGUUGCACUGUAUGUGGGAUUUGCAACAGGUAUUCUCAAGAAGGAAACAGCGUACGAAUACAUGUUUGUUUUCCUCGGAGGUUACGUGGACAAGGAGUGGUUUUACAAGCGUGUGGAAGCCUGGGGCAAAUACGUGGACUUUGGAUUUGCGUUCGUGAUCAAUGAAAUGCUGGAGUUUUUUCGUUUCCCGUUUAUGAUGUACACCUUUUACACAUUCCGACCGUAUCUGACAGGGGUGAAUAGGCGUGUGAAGGCGUCCAUCUUUCGAUGGAAUGCCGCAGAAUCAUAA